GCGGCGGACAGCCAGCAGAAAUGUGCAAAUUUAGUUCGACGAACAAUCGCGCAAUUAAUUGGAAAUAAUUGCGGAAUUCAUUGCGCGUCAACCGCAGCAAAUAUUUCUGAAUUUUUGAUUACUAUUCGCGGUAAAAGCCCUUUGAGAGACGCGGUUCGGGAAUAUGAUUUCAGCAGAAGCGAGUUUUCCACUUGGUUUCAUCCUAACGAGCUUCCUAUUGGUUUUUCUCGGAUGCCACGGAGAAAGGACGAAUGUGGGCCUCGUCUACGAGAACACCGAACCGGAUCUAGAGAAGAUCUUCCAUCUGGCCAUCAGCAAGGCGAAUGAGGAGAAUGAGGAUCUGGAGCUGCACGGAGUGUCCGUCUCGAUUGAGCCAGGAAACUCCUUCGAGACCUCCAAGAAGCUCUGCAAAAUGCUAAGGCAAAAUCUGGUAGCCGUGUUCGGUCCCACCUCGAAUCUGGCCGCCCGUCACGCGAUGAGCAUUUGCGACGCCAAGGAGCUGCCCUUUUUGGACACGCGCUGGGACUUUGGGGCCCAGCUGCCGACCAUCAAUCUGCACCCACAUCCAGCCACGCUGGGCGUGGCCCUGCGGGACAUGGUGGUGGCCCUGGGGUGGGAGAGCUUCACCAUCAUCUACGAGUCGGGCGAGUACUUGGCCACCGUGAGGGAACUGCUGCAGAUGUACGGCACCGCUGGACCCACGGUCACGGUCCGACGCUACGAGCUUGAUCUGAACGGGAACUACCGGAAUGUACUGCGGCGUAUACGCAAUGCGGAUGAUUUCUCGUUCGUGGUGGUCGGAUCCAUGGCCACCCUGCCAGAGCUCUUCAAGCAAGCCCAGCAGGUGGGUCUGGUGACCAGCGACUACCGCUAUAUCAUCGGCAACCUGGACUGGCACACCAUGGACCUGGAGCCAUACCAACACGCCGGAACCAACAUCACGGGUAUCCGCGUCGUGUCGCCGGAUAGCGAACAGGUGCAGGAGGUGGCCAAGGCACUUUACGAGAGUGAGGAACCCUUCCAAAACGUGUCCUGUCCCCUGACCAACAGCAUGGCCCUGGUCUACGACGGCGUCCAGCUUCUGGCCGAGACCUACAAGCAUGUGAACUUCCGGCCCGUGGCCCUCAGUUGUAACGAUGACAGUGCCUGGGACAAGGGCUACACUCUCGUCAACUACAUGAAGUCGCUAACGCUGAAUGGCCUCACGGGACCCAUUCGGUUUGACUACGAGGGACUCCGCACGGAUUUCGAGCUGGAAGUCAUCGAGCUGGGCGUUUCGGGGAUGCAGAAAAUCGGACAAUGGAGCGGCGAGGAUGGCUUCCAGGAGAACCGUCCUGCCCCGGCGCACUCCUUGGAGCCGGAUAUGCGUUCGCUGGUGAACAAAAGCUUUGUCGUCAUCACGGCCAUUAGUGAACCCUAUGGCAUGCUGAAGGAGACCUCCGAGAAGCUGGAGGGCAACGAUCAGUUCGAGGGCUUCGGCAUCGAGCUAAUUGACGAGCUGUCCAAGAAGCUGGGCUUCUCCUACACGUGGCGUCUCCAGGAGGACAACAAGUAUGGUGGAAUCGAUCCCAAAACCGGCGAAUGGAAUGGCAUGUUGCGAGAGAUUAUUGACAGUCGCGCUGACAUGGCCAUUACGGAUCUGACCAUGACAUCGGAACGAGAGAGUGGCGUGGACUUCACCAUACCCUUUAUGAGUCUGGGAAUCGGCAUCCUUUUUCGCAAACCGAUGAAGGAGCCACCGAAGCUGUUCUCGUUCAUGUCCCCGUUUUCAGGAGAGGUCUGGCUCUGGUUGGGUCUGGCCUACAUGGGCGUUUCCAUCAGCAUGUUCGUGCUGGGACGUCUUUCUCCGGCGGAGUGGGACAAUCCGUAUCCCUGCAUCGAGGAGCCAACGGAAUUGGAGAAUCAGUUUAGUUUCGCCAACUGUCUGUGGUUCUCCAUAGGUGCUUUGCUUCAGCAGGGAUCUGAACUGGCUCCCAAGGCCUACUCAACUCGGGCCGUGGCCGCUUCCUGGUGGUUCUUCACAUUGAUUCUGGUCUCCUCUUACACUGCUAAUCUGGCGGCUUUUCUCACUGUGGAGUCUUUAGUAACGCCCAUUAACGAUGCGGAUGACUUAUCGAAGAACAAGGGCGGAGUAAACUACGGGGCCAAAAUUGGGGGAGCUACUUUUAACUUUUUUAAGGAAUCAAACUAUCCUACCUACCAGCGGAUGUACGAGUUCAUGAGGGAUAAUCCGCAGUACAUGACCAACACCAACCAGGAGGGAGUUGAUCGAGUGGAGAACUCCAACUACGCGUUUCUCAUGGAGUCGACCACCAUAGAGUAUAUCACAGAGCGACGAUGCACGCUCACCCAGGUGGGAGCGUUGCUGGACGAGAAGGGAUACGGCAUAGCCAUGCGAAAGAACUGGCCGUACAGGGACACGUUGAGCCAGGCCGUUCUGGAGAUGCAGGAGCAGGGACUGCUGACCAAGAUGAAGACCAAGUGGUGGCAGGAGAAGCGUGGCGGGGGAGCAUGUUCGGAUUCGGACGAGGACUCUGGCGCCGUGGCCCUGGAGAUUAGUAACCUGGGCGGUGUUUUCCUGGUGAUGGGAGUGGGCUCCUUCUUUGGCAUCUUUGUCUCCCUGCUCGAGAUGGUGCUGGGCGUUAAGGAGCGUAGCGAUGAGAACCAGGAAGCCCCCGACUCAGAUGCCUCCUCGCUGGGAUUUGCUAAUUUGGGCGGCGUCUACCUGGUCAUGUUUGUGGGCAGCUGUUUUGGCAGUGUUUACGGCCUGGUCAACUGCGUGGUGAGCGUCUACUUGAGUGCGCGGGAGAACAAGGUGAGCUUCAAGACGGAACUUCUGGACGAGAUCCGCUUCAUAUUACAGUGCUCCGGCAAUACCAAAGCGGUGAAGUAUCCGAAGAACUCCUCGCGAUCCAAUGCCAGCUCGAAAUCAAAAGGCUCUUCCAUGUCAGUGGAUUCAUUGCCCGAGGAUCCCUCAGAAGCUGAGGCACCUGGCAAGCAUAACCAUGCCAAAAAGUAAACCUAUUGUGAAAGAUAUUAGGUUUUAAUGGAAUAAUAAGAUUAAGUAAUUACGCUGUGUAUUGAAAAGUUUUUAGUGCCCCCAGAAAUAUUUGAUUUAAUAAUAAUAGUACAAGUUUGAAUGGUUUUAUACUAUUUCCUCCCACUGAGAAUCCAAAUGUUUGUGCGUUUAGGAGUGUUUAGGAGACUAUCGCUAAAACGUGAUGCCUAUAUUUGACCGAGAAUCUGAAUAAAAUCUGUACCACACAAAAG